AUGCCCUUCGCAUUCCGGAAACAGCCCUUGCGGCUAUUCUAUACCAUAGGCUUCGCAUUCUACCUGCUCGCGGCUCUUCCAGCAUGGCUCGUCGCCUACGCCGUUCCGACCUUUCGUCCCAGGCGCCACUGGUCUCUCACGCGCUGUCUCAUGGUCAACAUCGUCCGCAGCGUCAUCGGCAGUUGGUACCAGACCUCCCUCCCUUCCCCCACUCCGCUCGACGUCCUCGCAAAGGACGCAAAGAAAACCGGUUUCGUAUGGGUUAAGGAGACCCCUGAACUCAUUGUCGGCGAAAUCCUCGAACUCGCAGAGAAGAAUGGCGUUCAAGCGGUCCGGAGGGGUGGCUUCUGGUAUGGCCCCCGUGGCCCGGACGGCGAACCUGGUCAGCGCGCUUCGCCUGACGAGCGCGUAGUGUAUCACGUACAUGGCGGCGCCCACGUAUCUGGCUCUGCGCACCCUAAAGACGUUACUGGGCCGCUCUAUGAAGGAUAUCUCAAGCACCUCAACGUCCGGAUCUUCGCGAUCGAGUAUCGUCUGUCCUCUACAGCACCCUUCGAGGCAGCUAACCCCUUCCCCGCCUCCCUAAUCGACGCCGUUGCCGGCUAUCGGUACCUCGUCGAGGACGUUGGCUUCCAUCCGAGCAAGAUCAUUCUUUCCGGAGAUUCCGCGGGGGGCGGAAUCGCGCUCAACCUCGCCCGGUACCUCGUCUCCGCCCAGCUCUCCUCCCUCUCCCUCCCCGCAGGACUCCUCCUUCUUUCCCCCACUAUGGAUUGGGCAUGCACGCACCGGGGUCCCCAGUCCGCCAGAGUCAGAAAUGCAUCCUCGGACUAUCCCCAGCCCUUCAUUGAUUCCGGCUACACCAUGCGCGCCCUAGUUGGCUCCCUCCCUCCCGAGUUCGCCCGAAGCUCUUGGAUCUCCCCAGGUGCUGUGGUGAGCUCGGAUUCCAAGCUCGACCACGAUCAUAAGACCGGGCUCUUUUCUGGGCUUCCACCCACUUUCAUGGCGGCCGGUAACGCCGAGUACACACUCGACGGGAUGAUCACAGCGCGCGAGCGCCUUGAAAGAGAUAUAGGAAAGGAUCGGGUGACGUGGGUGGAAGUCCCCGACGCUGCGCACGAUCUGCUCAUUAUGGCGUGGCAUGAGCCUGAGCGGACGGAAGUGCUGAAGGAGAUUGCGGCGUGGGCUCAAACGGUCUGGUAG